AAAUAUAUCUAUAUUAUUAUCAGGAUUGGAUCCAGCAGGACCUCUAUUCGAAUCCCAGGACCCAAAGGACAGAUUAGAUUCAACAGAUGCUAAAUUUGUGGAUGUAAUUCAUUCCAAUGGAGAAACCUUAAUACUUGGAGGAUUAGGAUCAUGGCAACCAAUGGGACAUGUAGAUUUUUAUCCAAAUGGAGGGCGAAUGCAGAAAGGAUGCACAAAUCUUUUUCUCGGAGCAUUCACUGACAUUAUUUGGUCUGGGGCUGCUUUGGAAGCAAGAUCAUUGUGCAACCACCGGAGAGCCUAUAAAUUUUUCACAGAUAGUGUUUCUCCACGUUGCCAAUUUCCUGCAGUACCAUGUCAUUCUUAUGAUGCAUUUUUGAAUGGGGAAUGCUUUCCAUGCAAGGGAAAAUUGUGCCCUAAUAUGGGGUAUUAUGCUGAUGAAACCCAGGCGAGAGGUACACUUUACUUGGUUACUAGAGAUGAAGAACCAUUUUGUGCACAUCAAUAUCUGGUUCGUGUCGAAAGCUCCCCUAGUGAAACACCUGUAGUAAGUUAUGGAAAAAUUCAGCUAACUAUAGUAGCAGAUGCACAAAUAAAUGAAACAUUCACUUUAACACUAAAAGAUGAUGAGGAAUUGGUUGUUGGUGGUUCGCUAUCAAAAAUAAUUGUGCCUCAUCCUGCACUUCAAGAAUUCAAUCAUAUUGGUCUUUUGUAUACAGCAUAUUCUGGCUGGAUAUCAUCUGGCUUGGCCAAAUGGAGCAUUGAUAAUGUUUCUCUCACUGACAGCUUUGGAAAUAAAUUGUCUAUCUGUCAAAAGGGCCUUAUAUUGGAAUCUGGUAUUGAAGUAGUUCUUCCAUUAAUGCCUGGCUCUUGCGGAGAUAAUAUUACAGAUGUUUCUGUAGGAAAUAGUUCAUUAAAUAAUGCAAGACGAAAUACAACUUCUUAUGUUCCUACUCAAGUUGUUUACAUAGGAGACGAAAUCCUUGAAGCCAAUCUGACUGACAGAGUGUACAAAAUAUGGGAAGCUGAAAAUGAUAACAAAUUAGAAUCAAGCGAAUAUGGACGCUCAUUAAAGGAGAAUAAAACAAUUGAAACCACAACUGAAAUAACUACAACUACUACAGACAACUCAUCAGAAAUUAAUGAACCAAUCCUAGGUCCUACAACACCAAAAGUGAAAGAAGUUGAUCCCAUUGAUUUGAGUCCACCGCCCAUGGGUGCAACAGAAUCGUGGGUACAUUGGGAAGUACCUCAUAAAAGAUCAAAAAAGAUGGACUUUGAUAGAAGUACAAAUGAAUCUGAAUCUAGUCUACGCAGCUUAACAAUUCAGCUUUUUCCUCAGAGACUAAUUUCAUUUUUGGAGCAAGCUGAAAAAUAUGCUCGAGCAGCGUUUUCACCUUAUCCUGAACGUGUUCCAAGGAGGCUUACUCUAUUUUGGUCACCGAAAAGAGAAAGUGGUCAAGGACCCCAGCCUGUUAUCAAAAAGUAUAUACCAUUAAGUGAUAGCAGAUUAAGUCCAAUAUUAUAUGAAAAACUUGGGGACAGCCCAAGAAGCUUAGCUGAACCAGUCGAUAUAGUGGAAAAUUCAGAUGAUUAAUAAGAAAUUUUAUAUAUGAUAUAUUUGAUUACUCGAAUUAACCAUAUAAGAUCAUUCAAUCUGAAACUAUAUAUCUUAUUUGUUUUACUUUUUUUUUUGUACAGUAACCUUUUUUCUCUCUCUAUUUUAAAUUUUUAAUGUACAAUCCUACUGACAGCGUUAUAUUUAAGAAUAUAUAUAUUUUUUUUUAUAUUUUCCCAUAUCUUGGCUUUUCGGCUAUUAGGGGUUUUUCCUGGGCCAGGAAAGAGAGGUAGGGCAUUGAUCUAAGAGUUAAACGCUCCCUGGCAUCAGGACCCGAACUCAUAAUUUUCUGGUUGCCAAGCAAUGUGUAAAUUGCAAAUAUGUUAGCCCACUCGGCCACCCUUCUCCCUCAAGAAUAUUUAUUGCAAAAAUCAUUCUUUGUUCCUUUAUGCAAACUCCAUAUUUCAUGUAAAACAUAAAAGAAAUAUAUAUUGUACAGAGUCCUACAGUGGGACUAAUUGUUGUUUGUACAUACUUAGCAUUAAGUAGAUAUAUAUAUAUAAAUAUAAAUAUUUUUAUACUGGCAAUAAUAUAUAACUGUAAAUAAACAUUUAGUCAUAUAAUUCGUACUAGUAAGGGAAUUUUACUUUACAGCCUUUAAAAAAAAGUAAUAGUUUUAUCUAUUUU